AUGCCUGGAAACUGCUGCAACGACUCAAUUCAUCCUGGUCAAGAGCCGGGAAAUGACAACGCAUUGAAUGAUGAGACUGCACUCAAAACUCGACGGUCAUCGGAGCGCUGGGGCAGCGGCGAGCUUCAAGAAGGCGCAUUUGACGGCAAGACACGAGCAGCGCGCAACUCGAUCGCGUAUAUUCCCACACCUCGAGCCUCCAGGGGUUUCCACGAACAUGACGGGCGGAUGGUCUUCGAUGACGAGUUCUUUGAGCAGGUGAGGCUGCACAGGCAGCGAUCGAGACUCGGCAAAUCGGCCAAACGCUUCAGUCUACGCAACCUGCUUGACAGCUUGAGGAGACCGUCUUCAGCUGCACCUCCAGUACGAUUUUCCUUCUCACGCACGGCGAAGCAGCUUCGACGGCGUCUACAGUGGCGCAUCGGCAACCUGUCUCAAACGAUAUCACCCGACGGAGAGCUGAACUGCUUUAGAGAGCUCGUAGUCUUUGGCGUCCUAGUUUUCCAGGUCUUCUACAUCCCGUUUGCUCCGAUUUACCUUAACCAUGGUGAAAACUCCCAGCAAAGCAUCAAUAUUACGAUGGAGCUGGUACUUCUCGGGCACACCCUGCUCAACUUUAACACGGCCAUCUUCGAUCCAAGGCGCUUGAGCUUAAUUGAGGAUCGCCAGGACAUUGCUCGAAGAUACUUGGGCAGCUCCUUUCUACCAGAUUUACUUGGCUCUCUUCCGCUCGAGUUGAUCUCGUGGCUUUCGCGUGCAGACGGAGACACUCAAACUUUGGCUGCGGUUCAUCCCGGCGCUUACAUUGCUGAAAAUGUGCUCCGGUUUCUCUGGAUUCGGCAGCUUUGCCGACUUGGGAGGUCCUCUUGGGUUCGUGGGACCCAAGAGACGGUAGGCAAAAUAUGCCAGACAUUGUGCGGAGCGCAGAUCUCUGUACUCGCAGUAUCAGCGCAACUAUUUGGCAGGGUUUUCAUCGCAGCGCACUACCUCGCGUGCGUGUUGCGCUGCAUCUUGAGUUCUUUCCAAGUCGUCGAGGCAAGUUCGGAGACACCGAUAGCUUUAUACACCCGGGAUCUGCUUCAAGUCGUAUCAGCACUGUUUGGGGGUGGCUGGGCAACGGGACACCCACAAGCGGACGCGUUCAGCGCCUUCCUCGUGCUUAUUGGUGUGAUGUUGACUGCUUACAUCACGAGCAGAGUGGCGAUGGAGGUGCUUCUGGGCGCGUCCAGGAGCAACAAGCAAGCAAACACUCCACCGAGCUCGGAUGUGGCUACACUGCCACGAAAAGGCAAAGGCUUUGAGCCCGUUGUCACCUCGGUAUCGCAGCGCCGGACACUUUCUCGAAAGCCAAGCAGGCCACUCGGAACGCCUGCUGAUCGCAUUUCGUUCAACACGCAGCGCUCCGCUUUCUGCGAGUCAGCGGCUCGAACCGAUGAGUCGACUUUCUCCAAAUGGAGUGAGGCACCACAGGAACCAUUGGCGCCUAGUGUAGGCAACAUCAGUGAGUCUCCCACCGUUAACCCCAAGCUGCUGGAUACAAACACUUCGCCAACUGCAGCGGAACCUGAAAUCCUGCAGCUCUUGAAGACGUUCACGAAGACUGUGCAACGCUUGGAAACCAAAGUCGACACGCUCUCGCUCAACAGGACCAGCAAAACUGCAGCCACUACUGUCCCGAAACUGCAUCGCUCCAAGUCCGUCCAAGGCGACGGCGGCAUGUAUCUAUCACGAAAUCCUGCCGUCUACCCGAGAUCGAUCAGGUACCAGAGCCAAGAGCGCCAAGUCCCCACGUGA